AUGGAUCCUUCCACCAAAUCGAUUGAAGCCGAGAAGGCAGACCUGAGUCAUGUCGAGAUACUAUCCGACGAAACGCCACCUGAAAAGCUUGAAGUUCAUCAGUCGUUGGACAUGACGCCGAAGGAGCAAUGGCGCAAACUUUGGAAAGCCAUCCAGGCUGAAAAAAGGUUCUGCUUAUGGACUUUGUACACUAUGCUUCUUGUCUUCAGUUGGGGCUACGAUGCCGGUCUAUCUGGCGUGGCCAUCGCAUUCCCCGAGUUCCGAAAAGCGUAUGGAAACUACUACGCCCUAGGUGACGAGUAUGUGAUUCCUGCUUUGUGGCAGUCACUCUGGAAUGCCGCUUCAACAAUUGGUCAGGUAUUUGGAGGCUAUGCAGCUGGGCAAUUUGCCGACUUCUGGGGACGCAAAGUUUUGCUGUACACAGCAGUAUUCAUCUCUCUAGGAUCUUCAUUUGCACUGGUGUUUGCCCCAAGUUUGCCUGUCUUGUUCGUCUCAAAGCUACUUCUCGGCCUGUCGGUUGGUCUCGCGACGGUGCUUCCCCCUUUGUAUGUUACAGAGAACGCACCAGCCCACCUUCGCAGCACAGCGUCAUCCCUUACCAACGUCAUCAUUGUCUUUGGUCAGUUCUGCGCGUCUAUCACCGGAUAUGGCGCCUCGGGAAUUCAGGGCGUCUGGUCUUUCAAACUUGCCUUUGUCAUGACUUUUGUGAUGCCCAGCAUUUACCUUUGUGGUCUCCCUUUUCUUCCCGAAAGUCCGGUCUGGUAUAUGAAGAAGGGUCGUGAAGAUGCUGCUCGCAAGGCUAUUGCCAGGCUCUAUGGCCCCGGUGCCGAUAUCGAUGCGUGCAUUGAAACGAUCAAGACUGAACUCAAAAACACCGAGGACGAGGAAUCCGCCGCAACCCAAACAAGCUGGAAGAGCAUCUUCAGCAAAGAGCAUCGCUCCCGCACCCUCGUUGCUGUACUGGGUCUUCAGUCGCAGAAUUUCUCGGGUGGUUACUUCGCCAAUACCUACCAGACCUAUUAUUUCCAGUUGAUUGGUCAAACGAACUCGUUCCAAUUGACUGCCAUCUCUUCAUCGCUUCAAGUCUUGUCCAACAUGGUCGCUGUCUGUCUUUCCGAUAUCAUUCCACGUAGAAAGGGCCUCAUUGGCGGGGGUACCAUGCUCAUGUUUUGGUCUGUCAUCAUUGCCGGUGUAUCCAUGGCCCCGACCACCAACACUUCGGCCAAUAUCGCUCUACUUGCUUUCAUGAUUACCUGGUCUAUGCUUUAUACGGCAACCGUGGGCUGUUAUGGAUGGGCUGUAGCUCAGGAAACUGCGGCACAGGCUACGCGUCCCAAGACGAUUUCUUUCGUCUUGAUCUGUCAACAGCUGACAGCACUUUUACUGUCCUCUGUCUUCCCGUAUUUCAUCAAUCCAGAUGAGCUCAACUGGGGUGGCAAGGUCAUGUUCUUGUUUGUUGGCGCCGAGUUAUUCAUCAUGGCUGGUCUAUAUUUCUUCCAGCCGGAGACCAAAAAUCGGUCAAACGCGGAGAUUGAUGCGUUGUAUGCCAACAAGGUGUCUCCACGGAUGUUCAACGACUUUACUGUCGUGGAUGGCCAGGUUUUUGAGAAAGAAAAGAAGAAGGCAGGCAUAUUUGGUCGAUUUGCUGACAGGACCAAGCAUGUUGGGAGGGGUGUUUGUUGA